UUAUGAGAUUAUUUAAAAUGAAUUACGCCUCGGCGUUAAUCUUAGUGUUAAUUGUGUUGAUGGAAACUGUUUCGUUGACUUUAGGUGUAGCUGCACGUUUACCACGUACUAGUGCAGCGGCUGCGGCUGCGGCUGCCAAUAAUAAUGGUGGUUCAGCAUCAAAUGGUAGUUCUAGUGCUCCGACGCUAUCAUCUCGAAUGAAUUCACGGACUAAUAAUAAUAAUCAUAGUAAUAAUGUGUUUAAUGGUACAAUUAGUUCAACUGCAUCAUCGAUUAAUACGAUUGUACCACCAUAUGGGACAAGGAAUACUGCUCGUAACAGGGAACAAUACUUGUUCAACGUAUUUGAAGUGAUUGUCUCAACACUAGAAUCAAAAUUACAACGUAUCGAUAACUUGGAUAAAGCAGUUGAACAUUUAAUGCGUCGUGUUGAAUCAAUGGAUUCACGAGUCAACGAUAACAUUGAUAAAACCGAAUCAGUUAUUGUAAAGUUACGUCGCUUAGAUAAUAAAUUAUUUAAUUCAUCUCCAAUUAUACAAAAUAAUCCAGCGGCAAAUAUUGUAGCUGGUGCAUCCACGGAUCAACAACAUUCUGGCACCACCUCUUACACGAUUCAUGAUGAUAAUAGUAAUAGUAUUGAUAUGCGUUUGGUCAGUUUAGAUCAAAAAGUCAGUGACAUCGAUUCAAAAUUAAGUGGAUUAAAAAUUCAAUUAGAUAAUAAUUUUUUACCACCCGAUUCGUCUGACUCAUUUAACGCUGAACCAAGUGAAAAGAAACCUAUAAGUAUGAACAUAUUAGAUAUUGCAAAAUCAUUAAAUAACGAUGUUAUUAAACAUGUCACAGCGGAAAUUGAUCAGCUACGGACAGCAACGACUAGCGUUGAUCGUAAAUUACAAUUUCAUAUAAAUAUUGUUUCGGAAAAUUUAGGAAAAGUAUUAAAUAUGAUGACAGAUGUACAUAAUGCAAUUGUUGAGGAUGAUCAACCAGGUCCAUUUUACUUACGAAAUCAAACUACAACCACUGCAGCUCCAAUUACUACACCCAAAAGUGUUAGUAGUAAAUUGGAUUCAUUAGUCCAAAAAAUGACACCAAUUAUAAAUGUAUCCGAAAAAAUGGAUGAAGUUUGGGAUGUAGUUGUUGGUACAAAAAGUUCUGUGGAUGAUUUAGUACCUAAAUCCGAUGAAUUACUAACCCAAACUCAAAGACAAGAACGUGCAAUCGGAGAAAUCCAUGAUGUGCUACGCACAAAAACCAACAAAAUUAUAGAAAAUCUUGGAAUGGUUGAGAAACGUUUGAAAAAACAAGAAGACGAUGUGGCUACAUUGGCCCAACGACCAGUUCCAGCUGAAUUACUUUUAGAUCCAACCAUAGAUCGUCUUGUUGAAUAUGAUCCAAGUCGAUAUGCUACUGGUUUAGUCGAAGAUAUUACAUCUAAUGUACAACCAGAUACCACAUUACCAAUACAUUCGAAUAAUAUUCAACAAUCAUUUACAACAAUACCACCGAUUACUAGUACAAGCUCAACGGCAUCAACAGUAGGUACAACAAUUACAACUGUAUCUUCGUUAAAUCAACAGAAAGCUGCAGUAACACAAAGUCAACAACAACAAACGGAACAACAAGGUGGAUCUUCUUCAACACGUGGCUCUGAAAAACGAAAAGGUGGUAUUAUAUUCCCAAGUGUUAAGAAUAAACCGUCACCUGCGAAUACCACGUUUACUACAGAUGUUGCUGUGAAUUUCAAGGAUGUUAAAGGCUACUCAUGCAUAGAUUUAUUAAAUGCUGGAAUGCGACAAUCUGGUGUAUAUUAUUUACAAAUUCGUGGUACAACUUAUUGGUUCCUUAAAGUCUACUGUGAACAAGAGAUUGCUGAAGGCGGUUGGACUGUAAUUCAAAGACGAGACGAUUUUGGCGAACCACGGGAAAAUUUCAACAGAGAUUGGGCCGAUUAUAAAAAUGGUUUUGGAGAUCCUGCUAAAGAGUUUUGGCUUGGAAAUGAAAAUAUUUACAUGUUGACGAAUAACGAAGAUUACAUUUUACGAGUAGAGCUUGAAGAUUUUGAAGGGAAUAAAAGAUACGCACAAUAUUCACAUUUCAAAAUAUAUAGUGAAGGUGAAUAUUAUAAGCUAGAGAUCGAUGGUUACGAAGGUAAUGCUGGUGAUUCUCUAAAUGAUCCUUGGUAUGGAAGUAAUAAUAGUCCAUUCUCAACAUAUAAUAGGGAUAAUGACAGAUCAAGUCUAAAUUGUGCAUCAAUGUUGAAAGGAGGUUGGUGGUGGAAGUCAUGUGGACGAGGGCUAAAUGGUUUAUAUUUAAAUGAUCCACAAGAUCUUACAGCACGACAAGGUAUCGUAUGGUUCAGAUGGAGAGGAUGGGAUUACACAUUGAAAAAAGCAAUGAUGAUGAUCAAACCAAAAGGUCCUUUAGCGAAUAUGUAAAAUAUUAUUAACAUUAAACAAAAAAUACUACAAAAAAAACUGUAAGAUAUAGAGAUGAUGGAUGUGUGAAAAAAGUGGAUUUGUUCACCGACAGAUUGUUACCAUAAAUAUGGUACUGCAAUCAAGAUACUUCCCGUUAUUGUGAGUGAACUUACCCCCAUUUCAGUGAAUGUUAUAUAAUAAUAAUGUAAUUUUUUUUUAUAUCAAGACUGUACUA